CACAACGGUUGUGUCCAAGAGGGUCUAGAUUUGUUCUGGCACCUUUUCCGGUUGAAACAAUCCUUAGAAUACCUGUAUCCGAAGCAUUACCACUUGAUCUACGUCCGCCGUUUUGAGUCGGCCGCGGAUCUCUUGCACUUCUUCGACCCAAAGAAAUCCGGAGAAAAGUUGAUCAAGAACCUGGUCUACUUCGAGAUGCGCCUCCACGGGCAUCCGGAUAUGAUGAAGGUAGACAGGUUUUUCAUGAUUGAGGCGGAUGAAGAGGACGAAGGAAGUCGAUCUUUUUGGAAGUCGAUGCGAAAAGCGAAGAACAAGUGCACAACUCAGCAGAAGCAAGAGAAACUACAACAGCGCACCACGACGAUGGAAGACACAACUUCUAGGAGCUCGUUGCGUAAGAACAAUGCUCCAGAUGAUGUUGAAAAUGGUAUUAACCCUAAUCUCCCUGCAUCGACAUCAUCAUUCACAUCAACUACUCCAUUCACAUCAGCGACGUCCCCCAAAAGCAAGAAGAAAAAGCAGCUAAAGCGUAGCCGUUUCAAGAUGAUGUCGAACGCAACCCGUGCCCCGAUCGGUGGCACCUUUGCGGAGAGAACAGGAUGGUGCUGUGUGCCGACAAAGACAUUGCGCAAGUACCUCAACUUUUCCUCGACCCCUGACCCUGCUGUGGCCCCUAGUUCGAGUAGAACCAACAGGGACAUUCUCGCUGCUGCAGGAGAUGCAGCAGAUGAGGAGGAUGAGUCGUUUUCUAGAAUUGAUUUCUCGUCAAGCGAGGACGAACAGAUGCUGUUUGAAUAUGAACGAGAGCAGAACCAAAUCUGCAAGAAGUCGGGCUAUAUCGCGGCCUCUACCACAAGUUAUAAUCGUGAUGAAGUAGUGGACUGCUACAGCUCGUCCUCUACUGACGAAGAUCAAGAUGAAAGGCAUGAAAAGGAUGCUCUUUUAGAACGACUUGGUGCAGCUGGGCCUGGACCUGAUGGUUCGUCCUCCUUCGGACUCGAAGAAGAGGAAGAACAGGAAGAAGAGGAAAUACUGGCUGCCCAAAGUUACUCUGGAAAAAUUAACGACACCAGUGAGGAUGAGCUCUCCUCUGAAAACGAAGCUUUAGCCGAAGCUUUAGCCGAGGAGAGCACCUCUUCAUCUUCUUCUGAAGAUGAAGAUUCUACAACUGAGGACGGAGAUGGCGCUCGUGUUGAAAAACAAGAGGACAAGGAGCGG